AUGCGAAUCAUCUCAAGACUUUUCAUGCAAAUCAUCAACCGUUCCUUCCAAAAGAUUGUUUUAGUAAAUGUGACAUUGCCUGGAGUCAGUCGAUCAAUUAAGGUUUUCCAGUUGGAUAGGUCCAGGAGAGUGGAACCAGGCACCUCUCCCAAGGAUCCCUGGGUCAAGGCAGAGUACACCUCCAGUGACAACAACCUGUUCCCUGGGUUUUUUGUAGAAAACACCAUUAAGGGAAGUAUGGUGUCCAGAGCUAAUAGCAUUGGUUCCACCAAUUCCUCUUCUGUCCCCAACACAGAUGAUGAGGACAGUGAUUACCACCAGGAGUCCUACAAGGAAUCCUACGAAGCUGCUGCAUACCCCCAGUAGGAGCAGAAGAGGAGGGAUGCCUUCAAGAGAGGCUAUGAUGAUCUUCAGACCAUCGUUUCCAACUGCCAGCAGUUGGCCUGCUCCAUUGACUCCCCAAAGCUCAGCAAAGCCAUCAUUCUACAGAAGACCAUUGACUACAUCCAGUUUAUGAACAAGGAGAAUAAAAAUCAGGAAGAGAAGGUGUCCAUAGUACACAAAAAUGUCACAGAUCUAGAGACAAUGAAAGUGAAAUAUAAGCAAAUUGUGAAGGCACAUCAGGACAACCCCCACAAAGGGGAGGACCAGGUCAAGUUCAAUGUAUUUCAAGGUGUCAUGGACUCCCUGUUUGAGUCCUUCAAUGCCUCCAUUUCUGUGACCAGCUUCCAAGAGCUGUCAGCCUGUGUUUCCAGCUGGAUUGAAGAGAACUGUGAGCCUCAGACCCUACAGGAGAUCCUAAUUGGCAUUCUGCAUCAAUUGAAAAAUCAACUUUACCGCUGA